UUCUGAUCUGUUCUCUGAUCUGUUAGUUUACCUGCUGAUGGAGCAGUGCCAAGCCUUCAUCUUCAGAGAGUCGAUGGUGAAUAAACCCCUGACCCUCCCGUGUAGCUGCUCAGGAAAUUGUCCAGAGGUUCGGUGGAUCCGCUUCAUUCCUAAAAGAGCCGUCGUUGCUCAGAGUGGGAUGUGUCCCAAACAACAGCAUUCACAAAGCAGAUAUUCAGUGUCAGGAGAUACAAGCAGAGGAGAUUUCUCCCUGACCAUCAGUUCAGUAGCCUACAAUGAUGCCGGCUCCUACAUGUGCAGCUGUAAUGGACAAUCAGUUACUGAAGUAAAGCUGAAAGUUAUCGUUCCGACAUUUGUAAAGGCUUUGGAGGGGGAGAACGUCACCCUCCCGUGCUACGGAGACACUCGACAUGACGUUAAAGAUGUAAAAUGGAUGAAAGAUGGACACAGGGUUCUGCUGUACACUCCUGCUAACAGAUCGGUGACUACUGAAAGCAGAUUUACGAUGUCAGUAGAAGGCUUUCUAGACGGUGAUCUCUCUCUCCACAUCAGUCCAGUUCACCCGUCUGAUGCAGGAUUAUAUCAGUGUCUCAUCCAUGAUGAAUCUCAGGACGGAGAACCAGGAGCUGUUUUACUGAAGGUAGAAGAGCUACAACAAUUCACAACAACCAACAACAGCGCUCAAGUUUCAGUACUGCAUGUGCUACUAGGAUUGUUCAUCAUCAUUUACAUUGUGUUAGAAAGCAGAGACUGAUCCAGAUUUAAUCCAAGAUAUAAAUUAAUAUUUUGCUUUUAUUUUGUUGUAUUAUUGUCCUGUGUGUUUAGUGUUCUAUGUGUUUAUUGUCCUGUACUUAUCUCAUACUGUUGUGUAUUUACACUUUAAGUCAUUUUCUGUACUGUUACGUGUUGCACCAUGGUCCUGGAGUCAUUUUUUUUCCAUUAAGUUAUAUAGCAGUGAUGUGCUGUGGGGUUCAUGGCUGGUGAGGCACUGUCUCUUACAGAGUCAGGUUUACAAAUACAUGAAUUUAAUAGAGUAGAUUAAAAUCACCAUUCAGUUGGCUGCUUGCACAUUGAUUAAUGGUUAUUUAUUACGUCCCGUUUUGAGUGGAGCGGUCAUACUGAACGAAGAGGAAACACAGAGGUUCAGAAGAGGUCAUUCAGAGGUCCUACAUUAAAGGUCUAUGCUUUGACCAGUGUAUAAUCUGGAAGUGGAGGAGCAGCAGCAUUUCAUUUUCCUAUCAGUUGUAAGAAAUAUCACCAGAGCACCUCUGCUCUAUAAAACAUCACAUUGUGGAGUAUAUUAAUAUGCUUUUAUGAUGCUGAUUGAAGGAACAAAAUAUUAUAUUCCUGUACUUAACUGUAAGAGAAACUCUGAUUCUGUAUACUGUUGUGGUGAUAUUUG